GUCUACGCCAAUGUUUUCCACAGCGACAGAGAUCUGAGUAACUCCUUCCGCUCCGACUACAGCCUGCACACAGACACAAAGCUAAUAGCACUGAGUAACGUUACUGUUACAGGAAACCAACUUUUACUUUCCUCACAUUUGACUUUAGAAACACCGAUAGUUGAAGAUGACUGAUCGUUACAACAUCCACAGUCAGCUGGAGCAUCUGCAGUCGAAGUACAUCGGCACAGGCCACGCAGACACCAGCAAGUGGGAAUGGCUGGUUAACCAGCACAGAGACUCAUACUGCUCCUACAUGGGCCACUUCGACCUUCUCAAUUACUUCGCUGUCGCUGAGAACGAGAGCAAGGCUCGGGUCCGCUUUAACCUGAUGGAGAAGAUGCUGCAGCCAUGUGGUCCACCAGCUGACAAACCUGACGAUGCUUAGGGCCGUGACUCUGUCCCCACAGCUGGAUGUUUUCUGUUCAUUCAGUCCUGGGAGAUCAAAUAUAGAGACCCUGGACACAUGAGGGAACCGUUGAAUCCUCUUGUUAAUGAACCAGUCAAUGUUCUCUUUUUUAUGCUUUUUUUUUUUUGUGAUAUUUUGUAUAGAUUGUUGAACUUCAAGUGUGUUUAAAGAAAAUAAAAUUGAUACCCAAUCAGUAA